UCAUUCCUUUGUUACACAAGAACAUCAGAGCCAAUAUGGCGGCCCUAGUGAAAGCCGUGAGGCUUUCCGGAGCAGUAAAAAAUGUGUCAAUGUUUUUUAACAAUUGUUCGGUGUCAGUUCUUUCUAACACCGUUAUACCAACGACUUCUUUUAUUCCAAGCAUAUGUCUGCAAAAUUCAUAUUCCACAAAACCACCCCCUCAUCCCCUGAUGGAGUUCUUUGAUGAUCCAAAAAACUGGGGCCAGAAAAAUGUCAAAGUUGGACGCUCCUGGAAGCUGGAUGAACUGAGAAUUAAGAGCAAUGAGGAUCUUCACAAACUCUGGUACAUUCUACUCAAAGAGAGGAAUAUGCUCAUGACUAUGGAGCAUGCACACGCACAAGAGUGGGAAUUGUUUCCAAAUCCUGAGAGAGUUGAUAAAGUGGAAGACAGUAUGGAGAAUCUGGAGAGAGUCGUGAGGGAAAGAAAUCAGGCAUAUCAUUAUCUAGAGACUGGAGUACAUGGAGAGAGGCCCGUGAAAACUGUUAAUGAUGAACUAGGUUUGAGACGCUGGUACCAGCUCCGUCAGCAUGCAAUCCCAAAAUGGUUGAACUCCAGUUACCGGAAUAAAUACAAAUUUUCCUACGGGGGUUACGCAGUGGCGAAAUUCCUCAGGAAAUUCCGGGAGAAGAUUUGGAUAUGCAAACGCAGAGAGCGAAACCACCGACGAGCUAUCGUGCGAAAGAUAUUCCGAAGAUUUCCGAAUGUGGAUGUUGAGGCAGUUCGAGAGCAGUAUCCGGACGUGGACGUCGACAAGGCCAUGAAAUGCAGACGAUCAGCAUCUCACUACGUACCCCUGGAGUCUGACGGUCUGCCUCAGUAACUCCCUUUCUUAUCCCUCGUCGAUCGCUUAAAAAUUAAAUUCCAUUCUGGACAGAAGCAGCUGAAUCCAAAUCAUCAAAUAAAUGUCAAAAAACCACCAUUCAAUGCUCCACAGUGUAAAUAAAAAUUUCAAGAUAAAA